AUGGCAAGCGAUGUUCCAUACCGCAAAUUACGCGUAUUGCUUGUCGAUGACAAUCGCAUCAAUCUCAGUGUGCUCAGCACAUUGCUUAAACGUCGUUUCGGUCCCAUGGUAGAGGGAACACCAGUCUCUGUCGAUAGUGGCUUGAAAGCUAUUCAAUUGUUGCGCACGAAUGUUUUCGAUUGCAUCAUGAUGGAUAUUCAAAUGCCUUUCUUGAGCGGUUUGGAUACAUCUAUCAGAAUUCGCAACGGUGAAGAUGGUGUAUUGGAAGCCAAUCGCAGUGUGCACAUUGUCGCCGUCACUACAGCUGUUGGUGAUGAACCAGAAUUAGCUUAUCGUCGUGCUGGCAUGGACGGUAUGAUUGGUAAGCCAGUCCGUUUCCAAGACAUGGAGCACUACAUCUGCCCUUUGGCUCAUGAAGCUUUCAAUGCGGCAAACUCUGUUAACACGAUCUCGAUCAAUGGCGAUUCCAUCAUGCCACCACUGCCACCAACGAUCUCAAGAUCAGAAAGACUCUUCUACCUUCCUGCCAAUGCCACAAUUCGUGCACCUUGUCCAGAUAUUUGUCGGGGUGCUGACUUUGAAAAGAUGUUGCGCGCUCAAACAAGAGCAUCUUUGAGAAAGAGUGGUGCCAUUGCUGUUGCAAGGACAGGCACUUGGAGUCCUUCAUCUUCCCGUCGUCGUCAAUUAGAGAAGACGGAGGACGAUCAUAUUAGCGAAGAAGAUAUCAUCAAAAGCUCGUCACAAUCUACCAUAUCAACAGAGACAACUGAAUCUGAUCACGUUGGUGAACCACCGUCUUCUCCUCUUGGUGCGAGAGGUAGAGUUUUGGACCUGUCUCAAGUCAGACCAAAACAUUCCAGAAACGCAUCAUUGACUAUCAGCAAGCGUACAUUGAGUCAACAAAUUCAACGUGAGAUGGACAAUUUGGAGGGACAGAGCGAUCUCAGCGAUUCAGGUGCCGCGAAGGUCACUAUUGAACGUCCACGCGCGCUUCAUCGAACAAGCUCGCCAGCUUGGUUGGUCACUCAAGGUCUUAACCAUGAUGCAGGCGAUCAAUUUGUAACAAGUCCCACAAGUCCUUCAUCCCCUUACCGACUGGCCACACGGCCAAAUUGGCUUUUGUCGAUGAAGGCUGGAUCGCCAUUGAAUGCAUCUCGCAACUCUAGCUCCAACAGCAAUGGCAGCAGCACGUUGUCGACUUCAAAGGGUAGUAGCGAUGGGGACGAAUACGAAACGCCCUUGUUAACACCUGAUGCGGAUAACUGGUUCUUUCGUCGCGACUCACAAAGAUCGAACGGCAGCGUGACCAGCGAUACGUCUACAGAUUUGCCUACGCCGGCCAAUGAAUUUCCAGUCUGGCCGGCACCAUCAUCAUAUGAUGCAAAGGCCUUGAAUCGUCUAUCUAAUGACAGUAGUAGCACGAUUGAUCCUUGUAGCGAUGAUAGCUAUGUUGCUCCUAGUAACAUGGCCAUUGCUGCCACCAAGAAGGAUAUCACUUCUAGCUCCCAAGGAUAUGGAUCGCACAUCACGGCUACUGGCGUGCUGGCACACGAUUUGCAAGACGCACAUCUCAAUUAA